AUGCAAUUCUUCAACUACGCCGGUACCGAGGCAAACUCGGAAUCUUUCCACUACUCGCAAGCCGUCCGCAUCGGAAACACUAUCAAAACCUCUGGCCAAGGUGGCUGGGACGAGAGUGGCAACGUCCACCCUGACGUCGAGCAACAAGUGGCUAUCGCUUUCGAGAAUGUCGAAAAGGCCCUGAAGAGCGUUGACUCGCGUAUGUCGUGGGAAAAUGUUUACGCAGUGCGCAGCUAUCAUCUCAAUAUGGAUCAGACGUUUGAGGUAGUCACCGGCAAUUUCAAGAAGGUUCUUCCUGGUCACCGACCUAUUUGGACUUGUGUGGAGAUUGGGAAGCUUGGAAUUGAGGGAAUGGUGAUUGAAAUUGAGGUUGAGGCUCAUUGCCCUUACUAG